AUGUCCUUCAGUGACCAGCAGUGCAAGCAGCCGUGUGCACCCCCUCCGUGUCUGCAAAAGACCCAAGAGCAGUGCCAGGCCCAGGCUGAGGUGGUGUGCCUCCCCCCACGCCAGGACCCCUGCCAAGAGAAGGGCCCAGCACAAGCUCAGGAGGUGUGUCUUCCUCAGUGCCAGGAGUUAAGCCAAGAAAACUGCCCACCACCAGGCCAAGACCCAUGCCUGCCUCAGUGCGAGGAGCCGUGCCAGGAGCCUGCCCAGACCAAGUGUGUGGAGGUUGGCCCUCAGAAGGGGCAGGAGAAGUGCUCAUCCCCUGGCAAGGGAAAGUAG